CCAUCCGCAUAGAGAAUGCUAAUACAUUCAGCUGUCCCAACAGUGAUUGCAGCUAUGGAUUUAAUUGGUAACUUAUUGCGUAUAAAUUGGAAUUGUCUUGCGUUCUACAUCACAUCAUUUCCAUACUUCAUUACCGUAUGUUCUAGAAUGGAAUCUUCUGGAUUUUUCGUAGCUGUACUACUGGUAGUCUCCUCGACUGCAAUUCAAUUCGGAAGUGCAGACUUGGAAGAAGCUUGGGAGAAAUAUCUGGUCGAAUUCCCGCUAGGCAUACAAACAAAAGCUGAAUAUGGAAAGCGCAAAUCCAACUUUGCCGUAACUAACGCCAUGAUCGAAGAGCACAACUCCAACAAAGACGCCACGUACCGAAUGGAACACAACAAGUUCUCCGCUAUGGAUGACGAAGAAAUGAUACAGUUCACGGGAGCCAUUCUGCCGAGUGAGUCCAGCUCCAGAAAUGGCAACUUGGAUUUACUAUUUCCUAUUACACGCCAACUACCCACUUCGAUUGACUACCGCACCCACAAGUGCAUGCAGCCGGUCAAGUCCCAGGGAGGUUGUGGAAGCUGCUGGGCUUUCUCGGCCACUUCGGUAGUCGAAUUUGGCAAAUGCAUCGUUAACGGCACCAAGGUAGCUCUCAGUGAGCAGCAAAUGGUGGAUUGCGACAAAUCUAACAAGGGUUGCGGAGGUGGCUACAUGGACAACGCUUGGAGGUACCUGGCCAAAGCUGUCGGUCAAUCGGCCUCGGCAACUUAUCCUUACGCAGGAGUCAAAGGCACUUGUCGCUACAAAGAAGCCAGCAUGAAGAAGGCCAUUGUGUCGCUGACCAAUCCCGUGAUGGAUGUCCCUCGCAACGACACUAAAACCAUGAUGAUGCUUCUAGCCAACAAUCAGCUUCUUUCAGUAGGAAUCGCGGUCGUCAGGUCCUUCAAAAACUACAGGUCUGGCGUCUACGUGGAGCCCAAUUGUCAAUCUGGCAUUAUCAGUUAUCACGCCAUCACCGUCGUUGGGUACGGCACUUUAAACGGCGUCGAUUAUUGGGUCAUUCGAAAUUCGUGGGGCACCGGUUGGGGCGCCAGAGGAUACGCUCUCUUCCAGCGAGGUAAAAAUCUGUGCCUUAUCGAAUCUUACGCUACGACAACCAACGUUGUGGGAUAAAUUU